AUGGCCCCAGCAAUCCUCAUCGUCGGCGCAACGGGCAACACCGGCCGAGCCCUAACCACCACCCUCCCCUCCCUGCUCAAAUCCAGCAAAACCCUCCAAAACCACCGCAUCAUCGCCCUCACCCGCUCCCUCUCCUCCCCAGCCGCGCAACAGCUCACCAAAAUUCCGGGUGUCGAAGUCAUUGAAUACAACUGGAACGACAUCACAACCGCCUGGCUCCGCGAGCACUCGGUCGUCCGCGCAUUCAUCGCCUCCCCCGUCGAACCCGCACAAUUCGCACACGAAUCCGGCUUCCACGUUGCGGCACGCAAUGCUGGCGUGAAGUACAUCGUGCGAAUCUCGACUGUGGAAGCAAAUGUUCGCCCCGACUGCGAGGCGUAUUACCCGCGUGCGCACUGGGCUCUCGAGGCCAUGCUUGGCACGAAGGAGUUUGAGGGCGUGCAGUGGACGUCUCUGCAGCCGAAUGCAUUCAUCUCGUAUAUCCUCCCGCCCGCCGUGGAGUAUGUCAAGAAGUACCGCGAGACUGGUGGGAAGUAUGACGGUCCGCUCCGCCUGAUGAUCUCCAAGAAUGUCCCCGUUGGCCUCAUUGACCCAGACGAUGUGGGCGUCUUUGCUGCGCAUCUCCUCGCGACGGAUGAUCCCACUCCGCACCACGGCGCAAAAUACGUCCUCAACGGACCGGAGGAUAACACGGGCGCGCAGAUCGUCGACCUCAUCGAGAAGGAAAUUGGGGUGCCUGUUGAGAAUGUUAGCUUUGAGGAUGUUUCUGCCGUCGGCGAAUUCUUUGAACCGUCGAUGCGCGGGCGGAGCCUGGCGCUGUCGGUUGAGCAUGCCAUGGAGCCCGCGUGGGAAGGGAAGAGUAUGGCGAACACGACGAGUAAGGAGGUUUUGGAGAUUGCGCCGCCCAAGGGGACGCUUCCUGAUUUGUGGAAGAGGAUGCUCCAGGAGUAG